AUGGAGAGCCCAGCCAUCCCAGAACCUGUGGACAGCCUGGCCCGCCCGUCCCAGGACCUGUGGAGAGCCCGGCCCGCCUGUCCCGGGACACCUGGUGGUCAUCGCCCGCCCAUCCUGGGACCCAUGUCGGGCACACCCCGCCUGUCCCGGGACACGUGGCGGACAUCACUCGCCCGGCCCGCCCAUCCUGUGACACGUGGCAGACGUCACCCGCCCGUCCCAGGAUCCAUGGCGUGCCCAGCCCACCUGUCCCGGGAUACGUGGCGGACAUCGCCCGCCCGUCCUGGGACCCAUGGCGAACCCGGCCCACCCGUACAGGGAAACGUGGCGGACAUCGCCUGCCCGGCCCGCCCGUCCCGGUACAUGUGGCGGACAACGUCCACACGUCCUAGGACACAUGGCAGACAUCGCCCACCCAUCCGCGGACCCAUGCCAGGCCCGGCCCGCCCAUCCCAGGACACAUGGUGGACAUCACCCGCCCUUCCCCAGACUCAUGGCUUGCCCGGCCCACCCGUCCAGGGAUAUGUGGCGGACAUCGCCCACCCGUUCCCGGACCCGUGGUGGGCCCAGCCCACCCGUCCCAGGACACGUGGCGGACAUUGCCCACCGACCCCAGACCAGUGGUGA